AUGACCAAAUGGAUGCCAGGUCUGGAUGCUGACGACGGAGCAGAAAAACCGGCAUUGAUGGGAAUUCAACUGGUGGUCAGUUUGCUGACCGCCAGCAUCAUGCAGAGGAUGGCGCCACAUUGCUCCUUUGCACGCUGGCUUCUCUGUAAUGGCAGUUUGUUUCGGUACAAACAUCCGUCAGAAGGAGAGCUGUGUGCGCUGGCUGGGAAACAGAUGCCUAAAAUCAAUAGGAAAGACAGGAGACAAAAUGGAGAAAACAAGCCUCUUACUGUGCCCAAAGAUAUUGACCUUCACCUGGAGAAAGCUCCAGUCAAUGCCAUGGAUGCACUCGUGCUACGUUUCUUUCUGGAGUACCAGUGGCUGAUUGACUUUGCAGUCUACGCAACAGCGGUCUUCCUCUUCACUGAGUGUUACUACUUUCUGGUGGACGCUAGCAAGGAAGUUAACAUUGGCGCCAUCUGGUGUGUCCUCACUGUUCUCUUCAGCCUCAAAGCCCUCCACACGCUAAUGAGCCACUACUUCCGCUCAGAAGAGGGCGGCGAGCGUUCGGUGUGCCUCGCAUUUGGUUUUCUGUGCCUGUUGGUAGCCAUGCUGGUGCUGGUGGUCCGAGAAGACUACUUGGAAUUUGGCUUGGAGUCGGGCUUCUCCAGCCUUUUCGACAACCUAGAGGUGUUUGCCAAACAGCAGGGAUACGCCGAUUGGUCGGUCCCUGUCACCAAGCUGACAGUGAAGCUUGGGCUAGCUGCAUUCUGUGCGUACGUCGGUGCCCUGAUGGCCUUCCCUGGACUGCGUCUGGCUCAAACUCACCUGGAUGCCGUGCAGAUGAACUCGGACCGUCCUCUCAUCCAGAUUCUUCUGCACAUGAGCUUCUUGUCUCCCAUGGUCGUAUUGAUGCUGUGGGUCAAACCCAUGGCCAGGGACUUCCUCGCCAACGCGCCUCUGGGGAAAACCUCCGUCACGCUGGUGUCCAGCGAAGCCUUUGACAGCAUGCGGCUCUGGACUGUGGUGGCUCUGUGCGUCCUGAGGCUGGCACUUACCCGCUACCACCUGCAGGCCUACCUCAACCUGGCCCAGAAGUGGGUGGAGCAGAUGAAGAAGGAAGUCGGACGAAUCGCCGCCAUUGACAUUCAGCGGAAGGUCACACGUGUGUUUUGCUACCUCAGUGUCGUGACUCUACAGUAUGUGGUGCCGGUACUACUCAUCCUCUUCUCCACGCUAGCCCUCAAGGCACUAGGGGGAUUUUCUUGGAGUGGAGUAGGUGGGGACGAAACCCCGGGCAUGACGCCUGCUUUACUGGUGCCCAGGGCAGCGCCAGUCGUCCAAGGCACUUUUGAGGAAGAUGAGGACUCGAUGGAGGAAAUGGAGGAGGACAUCCAGGCCACAGUGGCCCGUCUGUCAGAGAUGCUGUCGGCGCUGCGCUCCGUUCUCACACCGCUCUUCUUUAGGGGCUUCUUCGCCUUCUUCACCUGGUGGGUGGCGGCCUGCCAGGUGAUCAGCUCGCUUUUUGGCAUCUACUUCCAUCAGUAUCUCAUGCACAACUAG